AUGUCGCUAUAUCAUAAAAGUCCUAGCUCUAUACAACAAUUAUUUGAUUCAGACAUUAACAAAGAUGCAAAAAAACUUUCAAGAUCAGAUUCAUAUAGUUCUUUAACUGAAAACGAAAAAAACAUUAUAAAACGUCAAAGUUCGAGUGAUAACAUUAUGGAUGCACCUAAUGUAGAAGAUAUGCCUCCUCCUUAUGAUGGAAAAACAAAUCAACUGUCCUCAAAUUUAUCUUCUAAAGCAGAUGAUGCUACCAUAAUGACAACUACUACCACAACCACUAUAACUACAAUAACUACUACUAGAGUAUCCACUAACAGCCCAUUUAUUGACAUUUUUGAUUUCGAUGGUGGUGAUAAUAGUGUCAAUGAAAUUUCUCAAACAUCCACUUCGGAUGAUAAUCAACAGUCAUUAAAUAAAACUUUUCCUCCUCUUUCUCCGACAAAAUUACAUUCCUCCGAUAAUUUGUCUCCUUCUGCAAGUGCUUCCGGUUCUUUAUUUGAUGGUUUGGAUCCUGUAAAGUUGAAAAGGCAACCAAAACGUACUGAAUCUGCGCCUGAUAUCGCAGAGUUGUUUGUUGAAAGUAAAGAUAUGAGUAAUAAUCAAGCUACUCCUCAUUCUGCUGCGAAAUCUAUGGUGAACUUAAGUACUUUGAAUCAAAGGAAUACAUCUCUUAUAAAUAAGGCUUUUCCGGAUACUCCUCAACAGUAUCUUGAUAAAUUGCGUGAUACUUUAUCGAAAUCUGAAUUGGCAACCUUGCUUGCAAAAAGCAAAGAUGUCUUUCAUGAAGCUGUGUUGCGAACGUAUAUGGAGACUUUUGAUUUUCAUAAUGAUCCUAUUGAUAUUGCAUUACGGAAAUUUUUAUUGGAUUGCUGUUUGCCAAAGGAAACGCAACAAAUAGAUCGUGUCAUGGAAGCAUUUGCUAAAAGGUAUCAUGAGUGUAAUCCAGAUGUGUUUGCCAAUUCAGAUGUGGCAUAUGUCUUAGCUUUUGCAAUGUUGAUGUUACACACUGAUGCAUUUAAUAAAAGUGUAAAGCGCAAAAUGACAAAGGAUGAAUUUGUAAAUAAUACAAGGAUUGACGGCGUGCCAAGAGAAAUCCUUGAGAUUCUUUACGAUAAUAUAACAUUUGCUCGAUUUAUAUAUGCCGAUGAUGAUACAGAUGUCAAUGGACAAACGAUGCUUACAUCUCCAUUAGAAAAUAGGCGAUCUAGGAUAUUUAGUUCCUUAAAAGAUCGCAGAAAAUCUUCGUUUGUAAGAAAUGACCCGUAUUUUGUAAUACAACAUAAAGUUCCAACGGAUUUUACUCCAUUACUCAAGGAUGUUGUUCCGGUCGAAAAUAUUUAUUCGUAUAAAGGAACCCUUCCGGAAUUGGAUACGGUUAGUAUACACCGCGCUGUUGUCACUGCUCAUACUGUUAGAGUUACAGGUGUUAGAACUAGAGGAAAUGGUGAAUCUUUCAGUCCAACGUCAUCUUCAAUACACCAUUCGGAUGAUGAUGAUGACACUUUUCUUCUAAAAAUUACAAAAGCCGGUAGAUUGGGUCGUAAAACGGAUAUGGUAGAAGGUGGGAAAAAGACAGGGUUUGCGCGGAGUUGGAAACAAUUCGGUGUUGUCCUGAGUGGAAGUCAAUUGAUGUUUUUCAAAGAUGACGCAUGGUUCAAUAAUAAUAUACCAAAUUUAAAUUAUCCAAUGAAAUCUACCGUGAUUCCAACGCUAAAACCUGAUGUAAUUAUAAUUACUGUUGAUUCGGUCGCUGUGUAUGAUAAAAGUUACAAAAAAUAUCCAAAUGUGUUCCGUCUUGUAUGUCCUCAAGGCUGCCAAUAUCUUUUCCAGGCCGAAAGUGAAUCAGAAAUGAAUGAUUGGAUUGUAAAGAUAAAUUAUGCGGCUACUUUCAAGACCAUUGGUUUAAAAAUGAGGCACACUUGGAAUGCUAGUUUGGAAAAAGAUGAAGAAAUGCGAAGAGAAAAGAAAAAUAUUCGAAAACCAUACUAUAACUUUCAACAAAGUAAAGAAGAAAAUAGUUCAAAUGAUGUGCAUCGUAGGGCCGAUGUUCUUAGGUCAAAAAUUGAAGAACUUCAAGGAAAAAUCGCGACACUCACAUCUCAACUCCAAACUGACGUUCGAUUUGGUAAUAAUCUUGCCCUAAUGAUACCAUAUAAAGCAACCACUCGAGAUCGGAUCAUUCAAGUUGCUACUGUUGUAGGCAGGAGGAUCAAAAAUAUUUGCCUUGAGCUUAGUCGAUUAGUUUGUUAUCAUGAAAUUAUGGAAAAAGAAUUAUGUUCAACGAUAAUGGGUGAUAAUACUUAUUGGCAAAAGAGAAAGAGUAUGCAUAGAAGUGAUGAAAGCCGAGCUUAUCGUAGGCAUUCAAACAUAGGGAAUUAUUCCUAUAACAUUACAGAAGGACAUAAUAGGGAAGUAGUUAGCAGACCUUUCACUAUGAAUGUACCAUCAAUAUCAUCACCUACACCGUCAGAGUCAGAAUUAUCUAUUCAAAGUACUAAUCCUUUAGCUACACCAACCACACCGUACACACCAACUUCGACUUUAGAUAGUAGUUCUUUACGAUUGCCCGAGUUUGAAUUUGAAAUUAUCGGGUCACAGGAUAUAGAUGGAUUUGGUGAUAUGACUAAAUCCAAUUUUAGAGAUGAUACAUCUAGCAUUAUAGAUUAUGUAUGUGAUGACUUUGUAGAACCAAAUACAGUGAAUAUGGAAGAUUAUAACCAAUUUGAUAUAGUUGAGAAGCCUAAAGAUAUGUUUAAACAAACAGAUUCAAAUAUGCAAACUCCAUCAGUAAUUAUAAAUUAUUUAUCAUCUGACCAAGAUGAUGAUGAAGAAUUUGUUGAUGCCAAAGAGAAUCUUAAUGAUUAG